CCCUUCCCAAGAGGCCAGGCAGAGGGUUUCUGAGAGCAGAAUGAGAAGAUGGCAAUCCCGCCACAUGUACCCGGUCCUGAUAAUCUCCGCCCGUUCACCCGCGAGUCCCUCGCUGCCAUAGAGCAGCGGAUUGCUGAGGCGGAAGCGCUCAAGAUCAAACGGCAGCAUGUGGAAGUGCAUGAGGAAGAAGAGCUGAAGGCCAGCAGCGAUUUGGAAGCUGGGAAACCCCUCCCACGCAUUUACGGGGACCUGCCUCCAGAACUCAUCGGGGUGCCCUUGGAAGACCUAGACCCCUUCUACAAUGAUAAAAAGACAUUCAUCGUCCUAAACAAAGGAAAAGCAAUCUUCCGGUUCAGCACAACCCCGGCCCUAUACAUGCUAGGACCCUUCAAUCCUCUCAGGAGAGGUGCCAUCAAAGUGCUUAUACAUUCAUUAUUCAGCAUGUUUAUCAUGAUCACCAUUUUGACCAACUGUGUGUUCAUGGCAAUGAGCGACCCACCACCAUGGGCCAAGAACGUGGAAUAUACCUUCACUGGGAUAUACACCUUCGAGUCCAUGAUAAAGAUAGUAGCCAGAGGAUUUUGCAUUGACCAAUUUACAUUCCUACGCGACCCAUGGAACUGGCUGGAUUUCAGUGUUAUCGUUAUGGCUUACACCACAGAGUUUGUGGAUUUGGGAAAUGUCUCAGCUCUACGAACGUUCCGUGUCCUCCGCGCACUGAAAACAAUCACCGUGAUUCCAGGGCUGAAGACAAUUGUUGGGGCUUUGGUACAGUCCGUGAAGAAGCUCUCUGACGUCAUGAUUCUCACCGUCUUCUGUCUGAGUGUUUUUGCACUGGUUGGCCUUCAGUUGUUCAUGGGGAACCUUCGGCAAAAAUGUGUCAGGUGGCCGCCCCCUAUAAAUGAUACUUUGCAAGAGGACUUCUUUGGAAUGGACAAUGACACGUUCACUAACUCAACUCUCUACGGCAACACAACUGGGUUGAGUAAUGGGACUUUUGACUGGGAUUCUUACAUCAACGAUGAAGGGAAUUUCUACUUUCUGGAGGGCUCGCUGGAUGCUCUGCUCUGCGGGAACAGCAGUGACGCCGGGAAGUGCCCUGAAGGAUACAUGUGUAUGAAAGCAGGAAGGAAUCCGAACUAUGGCUAUACCAGCUAUGACACUUUUAGCUGGGCUUUCCUUUCCCUCUUCCGCCUCAUGACUCAGGACUUUUGGGAGAAUCUCUUCCAGCUGACCCUCCGCGCCGCUGGGAAAACGUACAUGAUCUUCUUUGUGGUGGUCAUAUUCCUUGGUUCCUUCUACCUCAUCAACCUGAUCCUGGCUGUUGUAGCGAUGGCCUACGCCGAGCAAAACGAUGCUACCAUGCUGGAGGAGCAGCAGAGAGAGGAGGAGUUUCAGCAGCUCCUGGAGCAGCUGAAGAAACAUCAGGAGGAACAAGAGAAACUGUUACGAGACCGUAAAUCAAGCGGCAGCUCCCAGAGCAGCAGCGCAGUGGAGAAGAAGACAGGGGACUCUGCCCCAGCUGCGGCUAACAACCAAGGCAAAUCCAAAGACUGCAACGGGCGAGUCAUACCCAGGGUCAUGCUGGAGCGCUCGGCGACGGUUGAGGAACCAAGUCCUGUGGAUGAGCAAGGCAAGUCCGAUCCUGAUCACGUGCUAGCAGGCAGCCAAGACGGGCCUGGUCUCCAGCAGAGAGCAGAGAGCGCAGUCAGCAUGAUCUCUAACACCAUGGAAGAGCUAGAGGAAGCUCACCAGAAAUGUCCGCCCUGGUGGUAUAAAUUUGCCCAUACAUUCCUGGUCUGGGACUGCUGCCCUCUCUGGCUGAAGCUGAAGGCGUUUGUACGGCUGAUCGUGAUGGACCCGUUUGUUGACCUGGGGAUCACAAUCUGCAUUGUUCUCAACACGCUGUUCAUGGCCAUGGAGCACUACCCGAUGACCGAAGAGUUUGAGAACGUGCUAACUGUGGGGAACCUGGUCUUCACUGGGAUCUUCACCGCGGAGAUGGUGCUAAAGCUCAUAGCCCUGGAUCCCUACGACUACUUCCAGCAGGGGUGGAACAUAUUUGACAGCAUCAUUGUCACCCUGAGCUUGGUGGAGCUGGGCCUGGCCAAUGUGCAGGGGCUCUCUGUGCUCCGAUCCUUCCGCCUGUUGCGAGUUUUCAAGCUUGCCAAGUCCUGGCCGACCCUCAGCAUGCUCAUAAAGAUCAUCGGCAACUCCGUGGGGGCUCUAGGAAACCUCACCCUGGUACUGGCCAUCAUCGUCUUCAUCUUUGCCGUGGUGGGCAUGCAGCUGUUUGGGAAGAGCUAUAAGGAGUGCGUGUGCAAGAUCUCUCUGGACUGCACGCUGCCCCGCUGGCACAUGCACGACUUCUUCCAUGCCUUCCUCAUCAUCUUCCGCAUCCUGUGCGGGGAGUGGAUCGAGACCAUGUGGGACUGCAUGCAGGUGGCUGGCCAGCCCAUGUGCCUCAUUGUCUUCUUGAUGGUCAUGGUCAUCGGGAACCUCGUGGUCCUGAACCUUUUCUUAGCUUUGCUGCUGAGCUCCUUCAGCGCCGAUAGCCUUGCGGCUUCUGAUGAUGAUGGCGAGAUGAACAAUUUGCAGAUUGCUAUUGGCAGGAUCACCAGGGCGAUUGACUUUGUAAAGAGAACUGUCCUCAUGCUACUUCACCUGCGGUGGAAGGAGAAGAGAGAGCCAGCCGAGGAACAAGAGGAUAAUAAGAAAGACAACUAUGUGCUAAACCACAUGGAUUCAGGCCAGGAUUCCAAGUCGGAGUAUAUGGAUGGAGUAGCUGGGAAAGAGCAGUUGUUUGUGGAUGAGCUGGACCACAUGAAUUUCAUUAACAAUCCCAACCUGACUGUCCAAGUGCCCAUUGCCUCUGAGGAGUCCGACCUCUAUGAUGAAGAAACGAGCACUCAGUCAGACACAGAAGAAACCAAGAAGCCGCUGUCUGGCGGCAGUACGUCAUCCAUGUGCAGCACUGUGGAUUACAAGGCGCCAGAGCUGGAGGCGGAGGAGGCUGCAGACGAGGCUGCCGAUGGCCAGGGGCCUGAGGAGUGCUUCACCGAGGCCUGCGUGCGGCGCUUUCCUUUCCUCUACGUCGACAUCACAACCGACAAGGGGAAGAUCUGGUGGAACCUUCGGAAAGCCUGUUUCAAGAUCGUCGAGCACAACUGGUUCGAGACCUUUAUCAUCUUCAUGAUCCUGCUCAGUAGCGGAGCGCUGGCUUUCGAAGACAUCUACAUUGAGCAGCGGAAGGUGAUCCGCACAAUCCUGGAGUACGCUGACAAGGUCUUCUCCUUCGUGUUUGUCCUCGAGAUGCUACUCAAGUGGGUGGCCUAUGGUUUCAAGGUGUAUUUCACCAACGCCUGGUGCUGGCUCGAUUUUCUCAUCGUGGAUGUUUCCAUUAUCAGCUUGACAGCAAACUGGCUGGGCUAUUCCGAACUGGGUGCCAUCAAAUCACUGAGGACUCUGAGGGCUUUGCGACCACUGCGGGCUCUGUCAAGAUUCGAAGGCAUGAGGGUGGUGGUGAACGCCCUGCUGGGUGCCAUCCCCUCCAUUAUGAACGUCCUGCUGGUCUGCUUGAUCUUCUGGCUGAUAUUCAGCAUCAUGGGGGUGAACCUGUUUGCGGGGAAGUACUACCGGUGCAUCAACACCACUACGGACGAGCUCUUUGACAUCAGCGAGGUGAACAACAAAAGCGACUGCCUGGCGCUGCUCCACACCAACCAGGCGCGCUGGGUCAACGUCAAGGUCAACUUCGACAACGUGGGCUUGGGCUACCUGUCCCUGCUGCAGGUGGCCACCUUCAAAGGCUGGAUGGACAUCAUGUAUGCGGCCGUGGACUCCCGCGAGAUCGAAGAACAGCCACUGUAUGAGACCAACCUCUACAUGUACAUCUACUUCGUCAUCUUCAUCAUCUUCGGCGCCUUCUUCACCCUCAACCUCUUCAUCGGCGUCAUUAUCGACAACUUCAACCAGCAAAAGAAAAAGUUUGGAGGGAAGGACAUCUUCAUGACGGAGGAGCAGAAGAAAUACUACAACGCCAUGAAAAAGCUUGGAUCAAAGAAGCCCCAGAAGCCAAUCCCCAGGCCCCACAACAAAUGUCAGGGGCUGGUUUUUGACUUUGUGACAAAGCAAGCUUUUGACAUCAUCAUCAUGGUCCUGAUUUGUCUUAACAUGGUGACCAUGAUGGUUGAAACAGACGACCAAAGCCCAACCAAAAUCAACGUCCUCUACAACAUCAACAUGAUUUUCAUCGUCAUCUUCACGGGCGAGUGCUUGCUCAAAAUGUUCGCCUUGCGCUAUUACUACUUCACCAUUGGCUGGAACAUCUUCGACUUUGUGGUGGUCAUCCUCUCCAUCGGAGGUAUCGUCCUUUCCGACAUCAUAGAGAAGUACUUUGUGUCCCCCACCCUCUUCAGGGUGAUCAGGUUGGCAAGAAUUGGGCGUGUUCUGCGGCUGAUCCGAGGAGCAAAAGGAAUCCGGACUCUCUUGUUUGCUUUAAUGAUGUCUCUCCCUGCUUUGUUCAAUAUCGGCCUCCUGCUGUUCUUGGUGAUGUUCAUCUACUCCAUCUUCGGGAUGUCCAACUUUGCUUACGUCAAGAAGGAGUCUGGGAUCGACGACAUCUUCAAUUUCGAGACGUUUGGAAACAGCAUCAUCUGUUUGUUUCAGAUCACGACGUCUGCCGGGUGGGAUGGUCUCCUCAACCCUAUCCUGAACAGUGGCCCACCAGACUGCGACCCUAACUUGGAGAAUCCCGGAAGUUCAGUAAAAGGAGACUGUGGCAACCCGUCUAUUGGCAUCUGCUUUUUCUGCACCUACAUCAUCAUCUCCUUUCUGAUCGUUGUGAACAUGUACAUCGCCAUCAUCCUGGAGAACUUCAAUGUGGCUACAGAGGAGAGCAGCGAACCGCUCUGUGAAGAUGACUUCGAAAUGUUCUAUGAAACGUGGGAGAAGUUUGAUCCAGAUGCCACCCAGUUUAUCACGUACAGCGUGUUGUCGGAUUUUGUAGACACCCUGCAAGAGCCACUCAAGAUUGCCAAACCAAACAAGAUUAAAUUAAUCACCAUGGAUUUACCGAUGGUUGUCGGAGAUAAAAUCCACUGUCUGGAUAUUCUCUUUGCGCUGACUAAAGAAGUGCUGGGUGACUCAGGGGAAAUGGACGGCUUGAAAACCACAAUGGAGGAGAAAUUCAUGGCUGCCAACCCAUCCAAGGUUUCCUAUGAACCCAUCACUACGACUUUGAAAAGGAAGCACGAAGAAGUCUGUGCCAUAAAAAUCCAAAGAGCCUUCCGAAGGUAUUUACUAAAGCGGUCGAUGAAACAGGCGUCUUAUCUGUACAGGCAUAGUCAAGAGGAGGGCAUCUUUGCAGAGGGAGCACCAGAAAAAGAAGGACUAAUUGUAGACAAAAUGAACAAGAUGUAUGGGAACGGUGAUACACACCUGGAAAUGGCCCCAGGCCUGGCUCUUGCAGCACCAGUUGCAAGCCCAGAGACUCGAGUUGCUCCUAGUGAGGCGAAAAAACGGGAUGGGGAGCGAGAGGUGAAAGAGUCAUUAGUAUAACAGAAAGCACUUUUCAUCUUCCUAUCCUGCAAAGACUCCAUUUGUAUCUCUUCUGCAAGAACGCUCCCAUAUCCCUCUCUGUAGACAGCUAACGCCAUAGUACCGUAUUUCAGACCCAUCUCAACUUUUUAACCAGAACCUCAUAUUCAUCACAGGUUUUAUAAUUCACCGCGACUUGCGGCAUUGAGUAUUUUCCUUCUGAGGUAAAUGUGAAAUCUCUCUAUUGCUGGUGAAAGAGAAGCACUGUACGUUUGAAAAUGGUAUAACCCUGGUAGCGAUGUGUUUCAGAAGUUAACGACUGGGUAUGGCUCUCCUUUUAUUUUCAAAAUUAUUUCUUAAUAUUAUUUCACACUUGAGGUAUUUGCCCCAUUAUUGUUCCUGACGUGCAAUGAAUUCGAGGAGAGAGAUGAGCCAAGUGAAAUAAUAUUAAAAAUAAUUGCAGAAAUGACAAGGUUUUGUGAACAAAAAUCUCCAAUGUCUUAAAAGUAGCACCUUUCUUUUGAAUAGGCGUUAAGGAUUUUUGUUAUAUACAGUAAAAGUGCAAUUAUGUCUUAAAGAUUUGUUUGCAUAGUAAAAAAAAUCUGCAGCUCUAUUCUCAGGGUGAAAUGCCAGCUUUUAACACUCAUCUCCACCAGAAAGCAUUCAGCUCUGAACAGUAGGAACGUCAACUAGUUAUUUCCAUGCUGCUUUUCUGGGUUCCCAUUUAGUCUAGGAACUAGAUUAUGUGAAAGGAAAAUAGCUACCAAAAUAUGGUGGAUGGGGACUAGUUCCCAAAUAUUCCCACUUCUCUCUACAGAAAUACCUCUAGUCCAGCUUCACCAAAUCUUAACUAAUGCACAUCUCCUGGAGCAGGAAAUCUUUGUUCCCAUCAGGUCACGGGCUGCCAUGUGGAGCCAGAUCAGGUGAUAAAACAGUUUGGUUGCACUGGAAUAUUUAUAAUGAAUUGCUUGAUCAGGUACAUUUACAGAAUUGCUAUCUACUCGUGGAAAACCCUGUGCUUUCUUGGUGACCAAUACUUUCCUCCCACCUUAUGAAUUAACAGUCCUCCGGGAGGACAGUAUAUAUCAGGGCAAAACAUAUGUGCAAAGUCUAAAAUAGUAAAGCAAAAAGUCACCUUAGAAAUACUGUUUCCCUUUUCUAAAUCUUAUUGCCAACUCCUCCUCCCAUACACAGUGACCUCUGACUGGGCGGGGAGACUUUUCUAUCACGUCUCUUUAGUGUGGAGUUGGACUUUCUGCUGUGGAAACAGAUGGGGUAGAGUUUCAAAACAGGCCUUCCUAUCUGAUUAGUUUUGACUCCGAAGCCUUUGUCUUGAUCGGUCUGUGGAUUUGCUCAGAGCUGCACCAUCUGGUGUCGAGCUGUGAACUAGAGCAGCAGUCGCGCUGUGUAACGUAAGCUGUAACCAGCUCAGCUUUGGCUAAUGGAAUCACGCUCUUCUGUUCGCUCUGUUCAGAUGAAGUGUCAGAGGUGCCAAAGGGUCACUGAGCAUCACCAGUGGCCAUCACGAAGGGUCCCGGGUCUAGCCAGCCCUGGGCAGCUGGGCCCCUCUCUUGAGAUUUGUUUUCCAGACUCCUGUGGAAGUGGGGGCCUGAUCUUGCAGCCCCAGCUCAGGCCAAGCUCCUAGCGACUCCCUGGCAGGCAGUGAGCAUGGGGGCAGCAUGGCACACUCAGCACGGGUCUCGCUGCAUUCCCCUGCUACCACAAAACACGCCCCAGCCCGUGCUUAGCUUUAAGCCUGGGAGUCGCUCAGUGGGUUUCAAUGGGACCGCUCGCAGGCUCAAGGUUACGCACGCGUUGGGCUGGAGCUGUAUCACUUGAACUUGCCCUUACUGAAGCCAAUGGCAAAAGCUUCCAUUGGUGCAGGCUCAAGCCAUGACUCCUGCCCUUCCCUCCCCGCUGGCGUGGGCGCGCACAGCCUGAGAGCGAAGGGAAUGGUGCUGCUGCAGAGGGUGGAAGGCGGUAGAGAGCCAGCCCCUCCGGAGCACCAGGCUGGGUGGAUUGGGGGAGGUCAGGGGGAGGCAGGGACAUAACCUGAAGAUUCACUGAGCACAAGGGCCCUGCACACAGGUCCCCUGCACAGGGCCGUGCGGCUGCUGGUGCGUCCAUUCCAAUGGCUGUAGCAGCUGUAGAGUGACUCUGCCGGGGCGUCAUGGCAUGGCACGAGGCAGGACUGCGUCCCCAGGCAGAAGCUGGAAGCCCCUCUGGAGGCAGGCAGGGAUUUGGCCCUGCAUGAUUUCUGUGCUGAUAGAACUGUUCUUCCUUCCCGUCGGGUGGAUGUUGUGACUGCGAUUCAGGAACCAAGCAAGGGGAAAUCCCGGCCUGUUGGAGCCAAUCAGUGUUUUGCCACUGACUUAACAAGGGCUGCAAUUCCACCCAGAGUAUGCAGCAACCAGGCUGGGAGCCAGCUGCCCACAGCAGAGACCUGCUGUUAAUGAACAGGCAUUGUUCUUCCUGCCCGGCCUUGGCUGGGUUAUUGUCCCCAAUAACUUUCCCAAGGGCUUGUCCAGUAGAAAAAGGGCGAUUUCUCCUAAUGCAGGGUUCUGCGCAGCAGCCGCAGGGCUGUGUAAUUUUUGGUGGUGCCCAGAACGGUCCAAAUCCCAUCCCCCCGCCCCCCCGCCCCCCAUUUCUAAGGCUCUGGGAGGGAGUUUGGGUGUGGGCUCUGGGCUGGG